CUCUACCAAGUAUAAGGUCACGAGUAUAAUAUCAAACUCACACUCUAUAGAGAGAGAGAAAGAAGAGGACAAGAGGGAAGAGAGAGAUUAGCAUUUAGCAGCACGAAGCUUCAAGCCUCAAUGGAAGCUCUUAGACACUUUGGCAUCGGCAUUUGUGCUCCAAGACUAGCACCGUUAUUUCCAUCACCAACCUCCACAAAACCCCCGAGACUCAACGCCGUCAGCGGCGGUGCCAGCAGUGUCCCCAACAACUUCUCCGCCAGCAAAUGGGCCGAUCGCCUCCUCGCUGACUUCCAAUUCCUCCCAACUACCACCUCCGACCCUCCGGACCAAACCAUUUCCACUCUCACUCCUCCGUUUCCUCCUCCACUUGCUGCUCCCGAGCGUCACGUGUCAAUGCCCAUCGACUUCUACCGAGUGUUAGGAGCUGAAGCGCACUUCCUCGGUGACGGUAUUAGAAGAGCCUACGAAGCUAGGGUUUCGAAGCCACCACAAUAUGGGUAUAGUCAGGAGGCAUUGAUUAGCCGAAGACAAAUCCUUCAAGGUGCUUGCGAAACCCUAGCUAACUCUCGAUCAAGACGAGAGUACAAUCAAGGCCUUACUGAAGACGAAUUCGAUACAAUUCUUACUCAAGUCCCAUGGGAUAAGGUACCUGGGGCAUUGUGCGUCUUGCAAGAAGCGGGGGAGACUGAGGUGGUUCUUCAGAUUGGGGAGAGUUUGUUGAAAGAGAGGUUGCCCAAGUCAUUCAAGCAAGAUGUAGUAUUGGCAAUGGCACUUGCAUAUGUUGAUGUGUCGAGGGAUGCUAUGGUUCUGUUGCCGCCGGACUUUAUUAAAGGUUGCGAAGUGCUCGAGAGGGCAUUGAAGUUGUUGCAGGAGGAAGGCGCAAGUAGCCUUGCACCAGAUUUACAAGCACAGAUUGAUGAGACUCUCGAAGAGAUCAGCCCACGUUAUGUUCUGGAGCUUCUAGCUUUACCACUUGGUGAUGAGUACAGGACCAAAAGGGGAGAGGGACUUCAAGGUGUGCGCAACAUUCUUUGGGCUGUUGGAGGAGGGGGUGCAGCAGCCAUUGGUGGGGGAUUUACCCGUGAAGAUUUCAUGAAUGAGUCCUUUUUACAGAUGACAGCAGCAGAGCAGGUUGAUCUCUUUGCUGCCACACCAAGUAAUAUACCAGCAGAAAGUUUCGAAGUUUAUGGAGUUGCACUUGCGCUUGUUGCUCAAGCCUUUGUGGGUAAAAAACCUCAUCUUAUCCAGGAUGCCGACAAUCUGUUUCAACAACUUCAGCAGACCAAGGUAACAGCUCUAGGGGAUUCUGCAGCUGUCUAUACCGGUAGAGAAAACCGAGAGAUAGAUUUUGCAUUGGAGAGGGGUCUUUGCUCGCUUCUCAUAGGAGAGGUUGAUGAGUGUAGCUCAUGGUUAGGUUUAGACAGUGAGAACUCACCUUACAGGGACCCAUCUAUUCUUACCUUUGUGGUAGAAAAUUCCAAGGGUGACAAAGAGGAUGAUUUCCUUCCUGGGCUUUGUAAGUUGUUGGAAACAUGGUUAAUGGAGGUGGUUUUCCCCAGAUUCAGAGAGACCAAAGAUCUAACAUUCAAGCUUGGAGAUUAUUAUGAUGAUCCUACUGUGCUGAGAUAUUUGGAAAGGCUGGAGGGAGUAGGUGGUUCACCAUUAGCUGCAGCAGCAGCCAUAGCAAGGAUUGGAGCUGAAGCUACUGCGGUGCUUGAUAGUGUAAAGGUUAAUGCCAUUCAGGCAUUGCAGAAGGUGUUUCCUCUUGGCCGCAAAGAGGAGAGUGUUAGACGUGAAAUUGAUGGUGAGAUAAACAAUUCUACCAUUGCAUUAGAGAGUGAGGAGCCUGGAGGGCAAGAUGAUCAUGAUGAUUCUGCCAACAUUCUUGGUCUUCCUGAGAAAAUUGAUGAAAUACGCGAGCAAGAACUGAUUACAUACAAGAUAAAAGAUGCAUCUGUGAAGAUUAUGUGUGCUGGUGUGGUGGUUGGACUGCUGACUUUUGCUGGCUUUAAGUAUUUACCACUGAGGAAUGACUCUUCAAUUCCACGCAAAGAUGUUGGUUCAGCAAUGGCUUCUGAUGUCAUCAAUGUGGAGGCCUUGGUAGUUGAAAAUUAUGAGGAAGUGACAAGGAUGGAUGCAAGGUUGGCAGAAGGUCUAGUCCGCAAGUGGCAAAACGUCAAGUCCCAGGCUCUCGGACCUGAUCAUUGCCUUGAAAAAUUGUCUGAGGUCUUGGAUGGUCAGAUGCUAAAGAUUUGGACUGACCGUGCUGCAGAAAUCACCCAGUAUGGGUGGUUUUGGGAUUACACUCUAUUAAACCUUGCCAUUGAUAGUGUGACCAUCUCACUGGAUGGGCGGCGUGCUAUUGUGGAAGCAACUCUUGAAGAGUCAGCACAGUUAACUGAUGUGGCCCAUCCAGAGCACAAUGACUCCUAUUGUACUACUUAUACGACAAGGUAUGAGAUGUCCAAUGUGAAAUCAGGAUGGAAGAUUACAGAAGGAGCUGUCCUCAAAUCGUAAUUUGGGUUUCUGGAUAAAUUUUCAUGUAAAUACAAUCUUUACACCGGUCAAUUAUAAAUAUUUUGUUGAUGUGCCACAGUUAGGUCAGAGUACUCCAGGACUUAGCUGAUUUGAGUUUACAUCCCUUUUGGCUAAACAAGUAGUACAAAAGUUUUAGAUGGUUUAUGGUUUGAGGUUGAUACCAGUUGCUUAUUUUGUCAGGUAGAUAGACCCUAUGUAAUUACAGUACUCUUCACUACAAUC